AUGAAAGUUGUUCUCACCGCAGCGACCGGUGCGUUGACCACCUUAUCCAAACGUAGAUGGGCUGAAACUAUCUUUCGGGCUGUUGCGGCCCAGUUGGGUAUUCGUUCGACGACCGUAUCGGGUUCCGUUGAUCAGUCAUCAAUUGGGACCGGUGGAAGCGAUGGUCCUCCCGUGUCAAGUUUGAUCGCUGAAAACGGAACUACGCAUCGGGAAGCGUCCGACCCGACACCUUAUGUGUCCCUGGAUGCACGAUGGGAUGGCGUAUUCCCGCCAAGACCCCCGCGGCCAGAAGAUAUAGUAAUCCCGACCGAUGCGGAAGACGGUGCUGAACCGUUAGAUCUGGGAAGUUGA